UAAUCACUGAAAAUACUGAAUGUUGUACCUCUUUUUAAAAUCUAUCUGGUUUAAUUUCAGAUUUUCUCUCAGUUUACAUGUAUCAGUAUGGUCCUUGCUAAACUGGUUCGAAUUCGUUCAUUAAGAUGUGGGAUGUGUUUGCUCACCUGUAUUGUGUUAGCUCUGUCUGUACAUGAGGCUGUGCACUGGUUACCGAUGAUUUCAAGCUCGAGACUGACUCCAAAAGAGAACUUGGAAACAACCCGUGCAUCAGGCCACCGAACCGAAGUCAAGUGCAAGCCUCACAGACCAGAUCGACAUGGUAUAAAGCAAAUUAUUGAACAUUAUGGACCGUUAGGACUUAUAGAAAAUAGGACUUGUGACGACACUCAUUACCCAGACAUCUGCGCGUUCCAUUAUACAGAGUCUGGAGAUCAGAUCCUGACAUGUGACCCCAAGGUUUGUGGCUCGUCCGCAGUUCAAAUAGCUUCUGUUGAUCCUAAAAUGGGAAAAGCCGUGACAAAGUGGAAACUGUUGUCAAAAGAACAGAUCGAUCAAACGGUUCAAAAGGCCGUCAAAACCAAUCUGGAAAGAGGAUUUAGUUUUUUUUUCCUAAGGUGUGGAGAAAUUUUCCAAGUGCUCAGCUUUCCUCCGGUCUUGAAGAAAGUCGACGGCGGCAAAAAGAGAACUAAAAUCAAUUUAAAUGUGAUUCUGUUAGACUCCAUCUCCAGGCCGCAUUUUUACCGAAUUCUUCCAAAGGCUGUCAAGGCUCUGCACGAUAUUUCACACAAUCCUAAGAUUCAGGCUACCGCCUUGGACUUUGAACUUCUCCAGAGCAUCGGACAACAGACAUUUGAAAACAUGAGGCCAUUCUUCUGUGGCGUCGUCGAAGACGAUAACAAAGUUACUGCCUCUGCAAAAAACACCAAAGCCUCCCUGGGUGUGGAGGUGUUGUAUGGGACCUUCAAGAAAUGGGGCUACCAGACGUUCUUUCAAGAGGAUCUUUGUUGGUAUGAUAUUUGGGGGAGUGCUUUAACAGACAUUGGUAAAAGAGCAACACCUCAGUCGGGUUCUGAGUUCAGAGAAAGGUGGAAGGAAUUUCAAGACAAGGUGGCCAAGAAACAAAUUGACCAUCAGGGUAUUACGCACUUUUCAUGCACGGCGUUAGAAAAAGUUCUGAGAAGGACCAACCAUUUUGAUUUUCCCCAGAAAAUCUGUUUAAAUGGCAGGUUUUACAGUUGGUAUUUCAUGGACUACAUAACAAAGGUGUACACGGCUCUUAGAAGCGACGAAGAAGCCAAACCCUUGCUUUCCUACACACAUUUUAAUACUGGACACGAGACUAAUGGUAAACGGAUGAUCAACAUGGACGCCAACAUGGCCAAAUUCUUCAAAGAUAUGGCUUCUUUCUCUAAUACUCUUACGUUGAUAUUAUCCGACCACGGUCACACAAGGACUCCGUUUCGUAACACAAAAGAGGGAGGCAAAGAGUUGUACGAUCCAGUAUUCUUUAUGAUUGUUCCUGAUGGCGUCAGGGAAAAACUUGGUCAACAAAGGACGAACGCGCUGGUCACAAACCAAAAGCGCCUUUUCGCGCUUAAAGAUGUACACAAAGCGUUCAUGAGUUUGUAUGAUCCUCAAAAAAUGGACUCCGAGGACUAUUCAGUGACAGGAAUCUUCUCAGAGAUUCCACCAAACCGCACAUGUGCAGACCUCGAUAUGCUUCCCUUGACCAGAUGUAAAUGUGAAGGUUUUGAUGAAGAAUUUGAGGUCAAAGAAAAUGCAGAUGACUACAAGUGGCUGGCAGAAUUUGCAGUUGGACAUAUAAAUAAUGCAAUACAAAGGCAACAUAGGGAAGGUGGUGCUAACUCAUCUGAAAGUUAUGGCUAUGGAAACUGUGAACGCUUAGUUGGAAAAUCGUUUUCAAAAGUGAUCAAACGUUUUCGAAGAGAAUUUAUCGUAACGAGUAUGGACAUUCACGUGUUUCCCCCAACCGGAUAUAAUGAGGAUGAAGUGUUUAGAGUCUCUGUUAAACAGUUCGCUGAACCGAAAGACGGAGUAUUUUUUAUAAAUUCCAUAAGAGUGACGACUUACAGCAAGUUUGCGCCUUGCGCCGACAAGUCAGUCGACAUCAAGCUUUGCACAUGCACCAAACAUCAAACCUCUGACCUCACUAAGAAAGGAGUGUUGUUUGAGAAUGGUGUUCCGAAGAAAAUGUUUGGUUCGGAAACAAUUGUAAAGGAUCUGGACUCCAACUGUUUGUUAUUCUUGAGACGAGAUUAUAGAACGUUCUCUUUUGUAUUAGAAGUAGCCAAUGUUUGCACAAAUACGACUUAUAAAUUUACUAUGACAGGCUCAACGGAUCAAAGGGUUUUCACCAAUACUUUGCCAAUCUCUCUUGAGUUACCUCCCAAAACCUUUCAUUUUCUAACAUCUGUUUCCAAGUAUGUCGUAAAGGUAGAUAGCGACCUUAAUCUAAAAGUAAGCAUACAAGUUAAAAAUGAGGAAUCGGAUACCUUUGACAGUUUAGGGACUAUUGGGGUUUCCUAACAGUUUAAAUGCGGUUUGGUGGAAAAUGGUGUUCUUUUUUUUUCGGAUUGAUUUUAUUUAUUCAUAUGUUCUCAUCUCAGUUGCAUGCCCAAGAGAGUUUGUGUAACAAAACAGAUAAUUAUCAAUAAGUUUUUUGGUAAGCAUUGUUGUAGGAGAGUCUCUAUUUAAGUGUUGAAGAAUGAAGAUCCACAGAGGAAAUGAAAAAUGACUCAUAGUACGCGGAAACUAGCAAAAUAUACCAAUAACUGGUAAACUUAAAACAUAAAAUUGAAAUGUGAAGUGAAUUCUCUAUUUAAAUGAAUGCCAUAAAAAGGGUCGUAAAUUUGUCAUCAAUUUCACUCCCUGAGAUGUCUUGCUGAAGGGAAGUCACUGGAAAGACGCUAGAAAUUUUAGAAGUUUCUUAACUCGUGCCCAGUCUUACUUUAACAAUUACAAAAUACUGAAAAUAAUGAAAAUUACAUCAGUAUAAAAGACUAUAAACAAUCAUGUGCAGAGCCUAAUAACAAAUUCCUAUUUUGGUGCUUAGCGAUAAAUAAACGGUACAAGGUUAAAUUUUUCCACCAGACUUCUAAAAGUAUUCACAUUACCAGCAAUUCUAGCAUUGCAUGGUAAAGUAUUCCAAAGGUGGCUGGCUGGGAUGCAAAGGAAUUAAGGCACCACUUGCUAUUAAAAGAAUAUUGCUCAAGCUUAGUGCCUGAGCAAUUGACUGUACGAAGUUUAAAGAAACUUUAAUGUAACUAGGACCAUUCCCAUUGAAACUUUUAAAAAGUAGGAUCAAAACAUGAAAAAACCUCCUUUGUUCUAGU